AUGGCCAGCAGUGCAGGUGGGCUUGCGUCGCGCAGCCCGUCCCUGGAGGCACGGGGCCUUCGCCUUCCCCCGGAGGUCAUCUACCGCCUCAUUGACCAAUACCUCGGCCUUGACGAGUGGAAAACGCUCUCCAGGUCCUGUCGGGCCCUGCACAGGCGCUGCCGCAAGUACAUCUUUCAAGAGGUGGAGCUGUCCCGCCCCAUCCCCAUGUACGCCAACGGCAUCCAAGUUCCACCACCGAUCGACGAAGAAGAGGGCUCAGCCCCGCCCACCACCUUGGUCGAACGCUUCGAGGCGCUCCUCAGACGAUCUCCCGACAUUACCAAUCUAAUCAGGAAGUUUAACAUUCACUCCCUACCAAUGUCGACGGGUGCCUUCUGGGAGAACCUAUGGCUUUCCCGAGAAGAAAGAGCGUGGCGUUUCGUCCUCACGCAGGAGUACAGCGCACUGCACGAGCUGGUCAUCGAAGCGAAGUGGCAGGUCGUCUUCUCAAGGAUCAGACCCGAGAUUCAGACCGCUCUGUUCAAGUUCGUCCAAUCCCCCCGCCUCUGCGUCGUCUCCUUCGCCAUGCGGUCAUUCCCGGUUUCUCUCAUCGAGAACUGCUGGAACGCUUCCCGCUUCAGCUUAUGUGGUCAAGUCGUUCCCCAUGAUCCCAAGAUUCCGCUUCCUCCCGUUUCCAAGAAUAACGUCAAUCGUCGAGCCAGACCAUGGCAAGUGUCGAUGUGCCAUGUGCCUGACGAGUCGGUUUCGCUUAUCACCAAGAGCUCCAAAAUUGACAUUGGAGAGUUGGGCAUGCUGAACUUCAACGGUAUCGACGGAUACUCGUUCGCUGUUAGCGGCCUGGUUAGAGAGAGCUCUCCCUCGCUUUGUUCUUUGAUUUUGACAGUCAAAAACCCUGCGGUCUCGGUCCCGUUGCCGCUUGGAAGGCUGUUGAAGCUCCAGACGCUCAUUGUCACUAUCGAAGCGCAUGCCAUUGUCUCGACGCUGAACUGGCUCGACCUCUCGGCUGCGACUAUCCCCUACGAUGAACACCAAGGCCUCUGGGGGGAAAUCACCUUGGCGUUGUGUGCGGGCAUGGAAAAUCCGGAGGAGGCACGGCUGAUUCAUGUGGGACUUUGGAAGGAGGUGCAAAAGCUGGAAUCCGUCUUCCCUAACCUUCGAAAGGUUAACAUUCGGGGGACGACGCGGGGACACGAGGUGGAUGGAACGAUCAAGCUGCUGUCGCUUGGGCUUUAUCACGCUGAUCGAAAAGAUCCUCUCGAGGACUGGAAUUGCCAGAACUGCGGACUUGAUAACGAAUAG